AUGGCACUGCGCAAAGUGCGCAGUAACCUCGACCGGCUGUUCGACAAAAGCCUCACGGAUCUUAUUCGUGGCAUUCGGAACAACAAAGAAAACGAGGCUCGUUAUAUCGCUUCAUGUAUCGACGAAAUUAAAAUGGAACUGCGUCAAGAUUCAGCAUACGUCAAAGCGAAUGCUAUUGAGAAACUCGCAUACCUACAAAUGUUAGGUUAUGACAUUUCGUGGGCUGCUUUUAACAUCAUUGAAGUUAUGGCAUCAACGAAAUAUACAGAAAAGCGUAUCGGUUAUCUAGCUGCUUCCCAGUGUUUCCAUGAUAGUACGGAAGUGUUAAUGUUAACUACAAAUUUAAUUCGAAAAGACCUUAAUAGCUUUGGGGGGCCUGUCCUGUUUCGUCACCCCGGAUCUGAGAAAGACUUCAUCCUACAGUUAUCAUCUUCGCGUCCAUAUACCAGAAAACGAGCUGUUCUUCUACUCUAUAAGAUCUUCCUGAAAUAUCCGGAAGCACUUAGGCCAACGUUUCAGCGGUUAAAGGAGAAGCUCGAAGAUCCUGAUCCAGGUGUGCAGAGUGCUGCUGUAAACGUCAUUUGCGAGUUAGCUCGAAAAAACCCGAAGAAUUAUCUCACCCUUGCGCCGAUGUUCUUCAAACUAAUGACGACUUCAAGUAACAAUUGGAUGCUGAUAAAAAUAAUCAAAUUGUUUGGAGCACUCGUCCCACUUGAACCACGACUAGGCAAGAAGCUUCUCGAACCACUUACUAAUCUUAUAAAUAGGUUAUUUUUCGGAGGAAAUAUUAAAUAUGAAUGUUUCAAUCCUUUAUCUUUUUUGAUCCAUAUGUCGGCUGGAGGGGAACAUGCAGCUAGUAUACAGCUCUGCGUCCAGAAACUUGGUGUGUUGAUCGAGGAUUCGGAUCAAAACUUGAAGUAUCUUGGGUUGCUAGCUAUGGGAAAAAUACUACAAACUCAUCCCAAGGCUGUCCAAGCUCACAAGGACAUUGUUUUGCGAUGCUUGGAUGAUAGAGACGAGAGUAUACGACUAAGGUCACUUGAUUUGCUGUAUGGUAUGGUUUCGAAGAAGAAUAUAAUGGAAAUUGUGAAGAAGCUAAUGGAGCAUGUGGAGUCUGCUGAAGGUUCACAUUACAGGGACGAGCUUCUUUCACGGAUAAUUGGUAUUUGUAGUUACAACAAUUAUCAGUUCAUCACAAACUUCGAGUGGUACAUCUCAGUGUUGGUAGAAUUGACCAAGGUAGAAGGCACAAAACAUGGCGCGAAGAUCGCUGAGCAGAUUCAGGAUGUUACUGUGCGUGUGGAAUCAAUUCGACACUUUUCUGUCUCGCAGAUGGCCUUGUUGGUUGAGAAUGCCCAUAUUUUGCUGGCUGGCAGCGCUCAACAGCGUAACAACAUUUGCGAGGUGCUGUUGACAGCUGCAUGGAUAUGUGGAGAAUACAGCCAGCAUGUUCGCAAUAUCCCAUCAGUGCUAGAGUCAAUGCUGCGUGCGCGUACUUCGGUGAUGUCUGGGCACAUUCUUUCCGUCUACGUUCAGAACAUUGGAAAAUUGUAUAGCACAUUACUCUCUAAGGCUGAGAAGGAAGAUGACUGGGAUGCCAUUGAAUCGUUGGAUAACCUUAUGUUGUCUAAAUUGGCGGACUUUGAACUUGCCGAGCAUUUGGAGGCGCAGGAACGAGCAUGCAACUUAAUGGGUGUUUUGCGGGUGGUUGAUGAAGCGCAUACACGCCGGGAAAAAAUUGCGGACGACGUUGCGAAACUUUACGAAGGAGAGCUGAAUCCAGUUGCAGCGAAAGCACAACGAAAAGUACCAGUGCCUGAGGGCCUCGAUCUUGAUCACUGGAUUGGAGAACCAUGGAAAGAAACUCCUGAGUCAAGCGAAGAAAGUGAAAUCGAGAACACAUUUGGAGAGGUUGGAUUUUUUAACCUAUUUUUAGCCACUUUCGUAUUUGAGUCUGUAGAACUAUCUCCAAAUGAGAUAGAGCGACGGCGUAGAGCUCGCGAAGCCGAACGAGAGAUUAACCCUUACUAUGUAAAAGGAAGUGCUACAGCCCCUAAGCGUCCAACGCGAUUCGUGGCACUCGACUCUUCAAUGGAGAUCCAGAGUCCGCUUGAAAUUCCUGGAGUUGUCGGGUUAUCACGGUAUAUGGAGCAGCAAGAUUCAACUUUGACAUGGAAGAAAGCAAAAGAGGAUACAAAGAAGAAAAAGAGAGGUAAGAAGGGCAAGAAGAGACGUGUUAGCUGCUCUAGUGAAGAAGAAGUCGCUGUUAUACAUCAAGUGAAUCGUGCGGAUGGAGAAAUGCCAGAGGAUGCAAAGUCAACAGACGAAGAAGAUAAUCACGGAAUAUCGGACGAGUUCCGCGCUCUUGACAUCAAUCUGGAUGAGCCGUUACGACCAGACGAGGUGGUGCGCAGACCGCAAGCUUACAAUCGUCAGUACCACUCCUCGGUAUCCACUUUAGUAGCACGUUCUCAUACUACCAUGCCUUACCAGGAUAUGACACCAUUGAAUAUGGACGACUCGUUGAAAAAGAAGAAAAGGGAAAAGGCAGUAAACAGUGAUAGGUUUCUAUGGCACUGUGCAUUGCAGCCAGGGUCUUUGCUGAUGACAACUCUCGCACCCGGAGAGACCGGUGAACUUCGGUUACAUUUAGCUAUCGGAUCCAGUAGUGUUUCGCAAACUCUUCGUGGAACAAUUACAUAUUUUGCUGAGGUUAGAGUUUCUAUUUGCAAGUCAUUUGCAGUAGUUGAAGAGGUUGGAUCAGCAGCGUCAUUGUAUGCAACAACCACAUCGGGCGGGCCUGUAUGCGUGUUGCUGAAAAAAGUAGUGAGUUUUGACGUCCAUAUUGGUUGCAAAGCUGGUGAUCAACAACUGGUCGAUAUGAUUGUUAAGGACUUCCAAGAUAUUUGUAGUGGGGAAUGA